AUGGAGACAAUAAGAGUAGAGACUGCCGUCGCCGGAGUGCCGCUUCAUAAUCUGCUCUCCUCACGGCGCUCGGCUCUCCGAUGCCUCUGUGAGCGGCACGUACCGCGGCCAAUGGCGGGCGAGCUGAGACCCAACAUCAAGAAAACCAUCACAGCUCAACUGUCCCGGGAGAAGGACCGAGACAGACCCGAGUCUCAGAACGUGUCAGCCGGGGCGACUCGGCAGAGGAAACCGUCCCCGCCGGCUAGCAUCGAACUGGACGCCAUUCAGCUGAGUCCCAUCAAGAAGCACCUGAGUUUCCCCGCGGGACCCCCUCUGGUACGGACCGGCAGCACCUCCUCCAGCAAGUCUUUCGACUGCAUGACCUUCAGUCUGAACGGGGGCAGAGAGGACCAAGAGGGCGGCGCAGGAGGCUCAGACCGGGAACGGGGGCGUCCUGCAGGCUCUCACCGCCACUCCACUAUCAGCUUGCAGGAGGCCCACUUGCUCAGGCCGGAGGAGGCCCAAGACCUGCUGUCCCCGGGAGCCCCCCUCACCAAGCAGUCCCGAUCCCCCAGCUUCAACAUGCAGAUCAUAUCGCAGUUAGUGCCCUCACGCUCCCUCACGCUCCCUCACGCUCCCCCACGCUCCCCCACGCUCCCCCACGCUCCCGCACGCUCCCCCACGCUCCCCCAAGCUCCUGCACGCUCCCCCACGCUCUCGCACGCUCCCCCACGCUCUCGCACGCUCCUACACGCUCUCCCACGCUCCCGCACGCUUCCCCUACGCUCUCGCACGCUCCUCCACGCUCUCGCACGCUCCUCCACGCUCUUGCACGCUCUCGCACGCUCCCCCACGCUCACUUACGCUCUUGAACGCUCCUCCACGCUCCCGCACGCUCCCCCACGUUCCUCUACGCUCCCUUACGUUCCCCCACGCUCUCGCACGCUCCCGCACGCUCUCGCACGCUCUCGCACGCUCCCGCACGCUCCCGCACGCUCCCCCACGCUCUUGCACGCUCUUGCACGCUCCCCCACGCUCUCAUACGCUCUCAUACGCUCUCCCACGCUCCCUUGCGCUCUAGCACGCUCCUCCACGCUCCCUUACGCUCUUGCACGCUCUCACACGCUCCUCCACGCUCUCGCACGCUCUCGCACGCUCCCCCACGCUCUUGCACGCUCCCGCACGCUCCCCCACGCUCUUGCACGCUCCCGCACGCUCUCGCACGGUCCCCCACGCUCCCGCACGGUCCCCCACGCUCCCGCACGCUCCCGCACGCUCUCAUACGCUCUCCAACGCUCUCAUACGCUCCUCCACGCUCUCGCACGCUCCCCCACGCUCCCUUACGCUCUCGCACGCUCCCCACGCUCUCACACGCUCCCGCACGUUCCUCUACGCUCCCUUAAGCUCCCCCACGCUCUCGCACGCUCCCCCACGUUCCCCCACGCUCCCGCACGCUCCCCCACGCUCCCCCACGCUCUUGCACGCUCCCGCACGCUCCCCCACGCUCCCCCACGCUCUUGCACGCUCUCGCACGCUCCCCCACGCUCUUGCACGCUCCCCCACGCUCCCGCACCGUCUCAUACGCUCUUCCACGCUCUUAUACGCUCCUCCACGCUCUCGCACGGUCCCCCACGCUCCUCCACGUUCUCGCACGGUCCCGCACGCUCCCUUACGCUCUCGCACGCUCCUCCACGCUCCCUUACGCUCUAG